AUGGAUGCCGAUUUGGAAGAAGCUCUCAAAUUAGCGAAAGACAAAAGACGUAAAAUGCUAGAUCAUGACUUGCAAAGUCGUCGAAUGCAACGUAGUAGUGAUGAUAUAAUCGUAAACAAUGAUGCGGCUGAGUCAUCGUUAUCUUUUCUACCACAUGUCACCAACAAUGUUCCAUACGGAGUUUCUUUAUUAGAAUCUACAUUAUUGGUAGUACCAAUAUAUGAACAAAAUUUUGAUACUGAUUCGGAAUAUGAAUUAUUAAAAGUUGAACAUGAUUCAUCAAUGAGAGAUGAAAUCAACAGUGGUACUGAAGAAAAUCUAGAAAUAGAUGACGAAAAUAUUAUCGAUAAUAAUAUAGCUAUAAUGGUUCCAUUUCCAACAAAUGUAUCAGGUGAUAAUGAUAAUAGGCCAUCUAUUCCCCAACAACGUUUACAUAAUUAUACAAAUAUUUUAACAUUUGGUUAUUGUGAAGAUUUACUAACCGUUUUACGUAAUGCGCAUGUAUCUAAAUCCCAAUCAGAUCACAUUAUAAAAUUAAUUAAAUCUGCAUUACCCAUACCAAAUAAUCUUCCAAAUACCUUAAAAGGUAUUUUGUCUGAAACUAAUAUUAAUGAUAUUUUUACCAAACGAAGUGUAUGUACAGUAUGUCAAACGGAUUUACUUUAUACAGAAACAACAUGUCCAAAAUGUAUAUUGUCUGAUGUUAAGUCUAUUGCACAUGUUUAUGACACACAGUUAAAUGUAACAUUGUUAGCAAUGCUUACACGUUUAGCAUCUGAUAUUACAACAUAUAAACAGGAAAUAAUAAACAAUCAGAAUAAUGAUGACAAAAAUGAUAUACCAUUUAAUCGGCUAUAUCAGUCAUUACUACAAGCGAAUAAACAACGCAACUUUAUAAGUUUUUUGUGUCAUCUUGAUGGUGUAUCACUAUGCAAGUCUACAAAACUGAAGAUGUGGUUAUUCAGUUCGUCAUUAAUAGAAUUACCACCACAACUGAGAUAUCGCCGCUACAAUAUGCUGUUAUUAUCCGUAUGGAUUGGCUAUGUGGAGCCACAACCUAAAACGUGGCUUAGGCGUGCUAUAAGCACAUUGAGAAAUAUGAAAAGAACAGGUUUGUUUCUUAUGUUUUUGAGAAGCAAGUUUCUUUACGAGAAGGAUGAUCAUAAGCAAAAAAUGACUAUACUGCACAGUGGGCAAUUUUCUAUAGAGCAAACGGACAUGCACUUUUUUUCGUCGAAAAAUAUUUUAAAUCACUCCCCUCAACUCCCUGAGUAUACCAAAAAUUGAAAAAAUCGUUUUCGAUGAGAAAAGUUUUUUGUCGAAAAAAUUGAUUUUUUCAC